CCCGAGACCGCCGUCGCGUCCAUCACGAUAGUCCGCCAACUGACCAAGAUGCUGCUCGCUGCGACUCCGCAAGGACUUGCCCGUGCAGGUGAAUCAUUGCGCCAGGGCCGCCUCGUCGCGUUUCCAACCGAGACUGUGUACGGUUUGGGCGCGAAUGCGUUUGACGCCAAGGCGCUGCUCAGCAUCUUCGAAGCCAAAGGUCGGCCGCUGACAGACCCACUCAUUGUGCACAUCCCAACGGUCGACGACGCACUUGCGCUUGUCGAGCUAGAUGACAAAGGCACGGCAAUGUUCAAGACCCUUGCGACGGCCUUUUGGCCCGGCCCACUCACACUGAUCGCGCCGGCGAUUCCUGCCUUGCCUCGUGAGGUGUCGGCCAACACUGGUUUUGUCGGGCUGCGCAUCCCGAACCAUUCCAUUGCCCAGGCUUUGCUGCGUGAAGCAAAAGUGCCCGUCGCUGCACCGAGCGCGAACCGCUUUGGUCACGUCAGUCCCACAACCGCUCAGCACGUCGUCAACGACCUCGGAACAUACUCUGGCGGGCUGGAGGUCAUCGACAACGUCGGCCAUCCGUGCUGCCAAGUGGGCAUUGAAUCGACGGUCGCGAAACUUGUGCCGGAUCAAAACCAGCUUCUUGUGUUCCGGCGUGGCGGCGUGUCCGAGGCGGCGCUCCACGACGUCCUCAACGUCCAACAGCGCCUCCAUGUCGACAUUGUGUACGCGCAACGCGUGGUAGCUGACCACUCGACCCAGAAUCAGGUCGCUCCAGGCCAACUGCUCACGCACUACGCGCCCGACGUCCCCACGUUCAUGGUCGACACAACUCCGGUCGCUGCGCCUGCCGACGCCGACGUCCGCACGUGGGUCGUUGUCGAUUUCCAUGGCCAGCUGCAGGCGCUGCAGCCCGUCGUGGCGGCCUACCUGGACCUUUCCCCACCUGGUGACAUUACCGAAGCUGCGCGCAACGUGUUCGACGCGCUGCGGUGGGCCGAGCAAGUGCCGAACGCGACACGCAUUUUGAUCCCGGACGUGUCGGCUGUGGCCCACGAACACGCCGCCGCCCUCCACGACAGAUUAUUCCGCGCAUCGUCUGGCAACCGCACGUCGAUUUAACCGUGACAAUUGAACCAGUAUAUUACGA